AUGCAAAAAUCCCAUUUUUUCAUUAUAUUCUCAUUCCUAAUUGCCAAAAUCACAUCAGACCUUCAAAAAGUCUCAAUAAAAGGCACAACUUUGUGUGAAAAUCGUCGAAUUUCGCUGAAAAUUCAGCUAUUUGAAGAGGAAGGUGGGGAUUUUCAGAAGCAAAUUCUAGACAAUUCUUUUUUGCAGUGACAAGUGAUGCAUUAUUGUCUGAAGCAACAAGUUCGCUCCAAGGAGAAUUUGAUUUGAAAGGCGAAUAUUCAGAAGUUGGAAGUAUUGAACCAUAUCUGAAAAUAAUUCAUACUUGUAAUCUGAAAAAGUUGGGUUGCCGAAGAAAAUCGAUUUUUCGAAUUCCACAGCAUUUUAUCACUGCGAAAGGCGACAAGGUUUAUGAUAUGCGAUUUAUUAGUUUGGAUUUGAAUUUUGGAGAAGAUCAGGAGUAUUGUUCGUGA